AUGAUCGACCAGGACGGAUACGUGCACAUUCUGUCGCGUGCCGAUGACACCAUCAACGUGGCUGCCCACCGCAUCUCCACCAGCUCGCUGGAGGAGGUGAUUGUCGAGCACAAUGAGGUCGCCGAGACAUGCGUGGUUGCGCGCCCGCAUUCGAUCAAGGGAAGCGUGCCGGUGGUCAUUGCCGUGCUCAAGCACCACCGCCUAGACCAUACGCUGGACGAGAUCAAGAACGACCUGGUCAGGGAGAUCCGCCAGCGCGUCGGCCCAUUCGCAUCGCUCUACCCGCACAACGUUAUUUUCGUUGAGCGUUUGCCCAAAACCCGCAGUGGCAAGGUCCUGCGCAAGAUGAUCCGGUCGAUGAUCAGCAAGCUCGCUAUGGAUGGCAACUCGCCCGACGUGUGCCCGAUUCCAACGCCGGCCACGAUCAAGGAGGAGGCUGUUUAG